CACCGACCACGGACCCACACGGGCACCCGAAAAUAUCUCCUUCCCUUUCCACUCCUCAUCACCUCCGCUUUUGCGCUUUUCCAAGGGCUCAGCGACUCCGAGAUGGACACCGGCGAGCCUACGGGUACAGCGGCAGCGGCGGCGGGAGGAGAGAAGCGGGCGAUGCUGCUGCGGCAGAUCACCGAGGAGGGAGGCUUCGCCUUCGUGGCCUCCGCGGAGAAGGCGGCCGCGGGGGACCUGCGCGCGGCGGAGGCGGCGCGGGAGAUGGCCUGGGAGCAGCUGCACUCGGGGCCGUGGAGCGAGGUGGAGCCUGCGUGGCGGCACGCCUACGCGCUCGCUUGUCUCCACGUCGCGAGUCUCCGCGCCGGUGACGACCGCCGCGCGGCGCUCCGAGCGCUCGACAUGGGCCUCAUCAUGGGUGGCGACCUCCUCCGCGCAGAGCUCGAAGCAGCCAUCGCGCAGGUCCCUGCCAAUGGAAAUCGCGAGGGCGAAGGCGACGGUGCGGGAGACGCCGGCAGAAACGUGGAGAGGUGGAGGGAAGGGCUCAGUAGGAAUCGAGACCUCGGCGAUGCGCUCAAAGUUCUGCCGGUGAAAUCCCUAUCUUGUAAGCAAAUCGAGCGGCGGACAUGCAUUUCUUUGGAGGCAUUUAUACAUGAUUACUUUUUACGUGAGUCCCCUGUUAUACUCAGUGGCUGCAUUGAUCAUUGGCCUGCAAGGACAAAGUGGAAGGACAUAAAAUACCUAGAGAGGAUAGCUGGAGACCGCACUAUUCCUGUCGAGGUUGGAAAAAGUUAUGUUUGUAAUGAGUGGAGGCAGGACCUUAUCACAUUUUCACAGUUUCUUGAGAGAAUGUCGUCACCUGAUUGUUCUGCAAACUUGACGUAUCUAGCCCAGCAUCCAUUGUUUGACCAGAUAAAAGAGCUUCGUGAAGACAUAGUGGUUCCUGAGUACUGUUAUGCUGGCGGUGGGAAACUCCAAUCGCUCAAUGCUUGGUUUGGCCCUCAUGGGACUGUGACACCAUUGCAUCAUGACCCACAUCACAACCUUUUUGCUCAGGUCUUGGGCAGAAAGUAUAUUAGACUCUAUCAUGCUUCCAUCUCCGAGGAUUUGUACCCUCACAUGGAAACUAUGCUAAGCAAUACGAGCCAGGUAGAUCUUGACAACAUUGAUGUUAAGGAAUUCCCAAGGACAGAAGAUCUUGAAUUCAUGGACAACAUAUUGGAGGAAGGUGACCUGCUUUACAUACCACCAAAAUGGUGGCAUUACGUGAGAUCUCUUUCUACCAGUUUCUCUGUUAGCUUUUGGUGGCGCACGUCAAUUCUUCCUUCACAGGGUUCAUGACUUUAGUGUUUCUAUCAUCAGGUGGUAGAAAGUUUUAGAAAAAACUUGAUUGAACCCAUGUUUCAUGAUCCCCUAUUUGUGUGGGUAGCGUUGCUACAUUGGGUGUAUAUCAUUAUUUUUGUGACAAUGAUUUAAAUAUUUGACCGCUAGCAUACAAUUUACUAGCGGGUACUAGUGUGUUAUUGCUCUUA